AGAACGGAAUCAAGACAAUUCAUCGUGGAUCGUUGAGUUAGUUGCUAGUACUUACGUAGACGGGUGCACCAAGUGUACGGUCGUUUUCCAUAGCCGGUUUCGUAGGUUUUGUGUGUAUUAAGUUGAAAUUGUUCGAUAAUGGCCAACAACAGAGCAACCAAAAGUGGAUUUGCAGCCGAGGCUCAGAGGAAGGUCAACGCUAAAUACAGCGAAGAAUUGGCGCACGAAAGUUUAGAAUGGAUUUCGAUGGUGGCAGAAAAUCCAAUCAACACUGCAGGUGACAUGGACAACUUUUAUGAAGUCCUCAAGGAUGGACAAAUACUUUGCAAUCUCAUCAACAGCAUCAAACCUGGUACAAUCAAGAGGAUAAAUAAAAGUGCCAUGGCCUUUAAAUGUAUGGAAAACAUAAAUGCAUUUUUGGACGCAGCAAGAGAAUUAGGAGUACCUGCUCAAGAAACAUUCCAAACAGUUGAUCUUUGGGAGAGACAAAAUCUUAAUUCUGUUGUAAUAUGUUUGCAAUCAUUGGGAAGGAAGGCCGGAAAUUAUGGUAAACCUAGUAUUGGACCAAAAGAAGCAGAAAAACAAGAGAGACAAUGGUCAGAAGAAAAGCUUAAGGCUGGUCAAACAAUUAUCGGUCUACAAAUGGGAAGCAACAAAGGUGCCAAUCAAUCUGGGAUCAAUUUUGGAAACACCAGGCAUAUGUGAAAAUUUCAGUUUAAGCUAUAGGUCAAAAUGAAGAUUUUUGAAAAUUCUUCUUGAAAUCUUUCCAGUUCCAAAUUCUUCCAGGAUAUAUCGUUGAACUUAGGUUUAGAAAUUGCAUGUCAUUCCAAUGUUGAGUUUAAGUGACGAAUUUUAAAAAAUUAGAAGGAUGUUAUUUUUGUAAUAUUAUAUUCAUAAUAUAGGAAUAUUCGAAGAA